AAAAACAUAAUUGUAACCAAACUGAAUUUAACUUACUAUAUAGUAGUAGUGAAGAUGUUCACCAUGAGGAAACUCAAAUGAAUAUGCGAAUAGUAUAUGGAUACUUAGCAGCAAUCAUAAUCCACCUUGCAAGCCUACCGGUGGGUUGUGGGUUAUUUAACAGCCAUUUUAGAGCUUGGUGGUCUGUUACUAGUUCCAAUUCUUUACCAUAUAUGUAG